AUGGGUCGAAAGACCAAGAAACAAAAGGUGGACAAACUGAGAAUGGGAGCAACCAUAGGGGAUAUAUGGCGACAGGCACAUGGGGCCUCACAGCCCCAGCUGUCACACUACCUAGGAGAGAUCUCCGACUUCUCCAUGACCAGACCUUGGGCACCCGAUCCAUGGGCACCAACUUCACCCACUGCACUUACUGCUCCCAAAACGGACGCAUUGACGGUAACCAAGUCGGAUAUGCAGGAAAUGCUGGUGGCCUCAGGCGCAAUAUCCAUGCGGAUGUAG